AUGUCAAAAACACCAUAUAUCACUGCCAUAGACACAACACCAGCUGAAGGAGACCUCAAGCGCUUUAAAUAUCUAUUCCUCGCGUUUGGCGCGUCUGCUAAGGGUUAUGGAUGCAUGAGAAAGGUCGUUGUUGUCGAUGGGACACACCUAAAGGGGAAAGACAAUGGCUGCCUUCUCACUGCGAGUGCACAAGAUGCAAACUACCAGAUCUUCCCCAUAUCUUUUGGCAUAGUCGACAGCAAGAAUGAUCAGUCAUGGAGUUGGUUCUUCCAGAAAUUAACUGCUGUCGUACCAGAUGGGUACAAUCUUGUUUUCGUCUCAGACAGACACAACUCGAUUUAUGCUGGCCUUCACAAGGUGUAUCCAAUGGCGAAACACUAUUCUUGUGUCUUUCAUCUCCAGAGAAACAUUCUCGAGCCUAUCGUGUGUGUGACUUCUACAAGCAUUUUUAACGAGAUCAAGAUGAUUGAUAUUAACUGCGCUGAUUAUCUAGUCAGAAUCGGGUUUGAGCACUGGCCUAGGUCACACUCUUCUGGGAUUCGUUACAAUAUCAUGACAAGCAACGUCGCUGAGUCACUCAAUGCUGCACUUUCGGAGGCAAGGGAGCAUCCUAUUGUCGCUCUGGUUGAGUACAUUAGGGGUAUGCUUAUGAGGUGGUCUUCUGUGCGCCGUGAGUCAUCAGCCAGGUAUGGUGGACUUGUCACACUCAAGGCGGAGGAGCUCAUCUCCCGUAAUUUCAAUGUCUCAACCGGGUAUUUGGUCCGUCAUAUAAGCAAAUCUGAGUAUGAGGUGCGUGGGAAAGAAGGAGUUUUAUUCUGUGUCGACCUUGAUGCAAAAACAUGUAGCUGGCUCGAGCUUGAUAUGCUCUGUAUACCUUUCGGACAUGUUGUCGCUGCUGCAAUCAACUCUAAACGUAGGGUUGAUGUUCUUGUUGGGGAGGAGCUAUCAAGGAACAAUUGGGCUGGUGGGUACUCAAUGAGUGUUAACCCCGCUGGAGAUGAUAUGGGAACAAUACCUGAAGACGAUACGCUUGCCUCUCUGAUCCUCGCACCUCCAAACACAAGGCGUCCUCCGGGUAGGCCCAAGAAGACAAGGAUAUUAUGUAGGGGUGAAUUCAAGCGUGGUGGGAUUGGACGCAAGAAAUGGAACUUUACGAGGUGUGGUGGGAAGGAUCCCAACCGGGCCACCUGCAAGAUGCCGAUAUGA